AUGGCCUCAAAGCUUCUCCCCAGAGCCAGCCGAUGGCUGCGCCCAUCCUCAAUCCCUCAGUACAGAUCCUUCUCUGUCGCCCCGCAACGGCUAAGCGAUGCGCUCAUGGUGCACCGCAACAAGCCCGAGAACAACCCGUCCCUUCCGUUCAAGUUCUCUGAGCAGAACCUCAAAGUCGUCGAUGAGAUUCUGAAGCGCUACCCUCCCCAGUACAAGAAGGCCGCCGUGAUGCCUCUGCUGGACCUGGGUCAACGCCAGCACGGUUUCACUAGCAUCAGCGUCAUGAAUGAAGUCGCUCGCAUGCUGGAGAUGCCCCCCAUGCGCGUUUACGAAGUUGCCACUUUUUACACUAUGUACAACCGCGAGCCCGUUGGCAAGUACUUUGUGCAGAUUUGCACCACCACCCCUUGCCAGCUUGGUGGCUGCGGCUCCGACGCCAUCGUCAAGGCUAUCAACGAGCACCUGGGCAUCACCCCCGGCCACACCACCGAGGACGGCCUCUUCACUUACAUCGAGGUUGAGUGCCUUGGUGCCUGCGUCAACGCCCCCAUGGUUCAGAUCAACGACGAGUACUACGAGGACUUGACCCCCGAGUCAAUCAAGGCUCUGCUCACUGCUCUGAAGGAGUCUGCUCUUACCGGAGCCAAGGAGCCUGCUCCCGGCCCCAAGAGCGGCCGCAAGACCUGCGAAAACAGCGCCGGCCUUACCAACCUUCAUGAGGUGCCAGAGUGGACCCCCGAGCAGUUCAUGCGCAAGGAUGGCGCCCUGGACGGUGAGACCAAGCAAUAA